AUGGCAGAAAUUAUGGCAGAAUCAGCAUCGGUAAAAAUAACUUUUGAAGCAACUGUGCUACAAGCCUCGUUUGAUGGUAAUUAUCAACAAUUACAAAAAGAUUUAGUAGCAUAUUUUAUACAUUGGUUUUUGUGA